AUGAAGAAAAUGCGAAGAGUGAGAAGUGAGAACCCUAAAGCGAAAGGAAGAGCUGAAGUUGUGAGCGCAGUUGGCGCAGCACCUGAGGAGAGUGUGGAUAAAAGCGGGUGCAGGGGGGACCCAUCGUGGACCGUUGAUUGUGAAUACAGCUGGUUUGGUCAGUUUGGGAAAGUGAAUGGGCUGGGUUCGUGUGACAUGCAGCAGCAGGUUUCACGGGGCAAUUGGUGA